ACUGCGCUGUUUUUUUUUUUUCCCUCACUGGGAAAAUUACUUUAACUUUCCCAGUCUGAGCUGGAACUAAAUAAGAUGCGCGGAAUCAAUGAUCUGCAAACUAGAGGUGCAGGGAGUGUGAACCAGCUCGGAGGGAUGUUCCUCAACGGAAGACCCCUCCCCGAGUGCAAGAGACGGAGGAUGAUCCAGCUGGCCUCGGAGGGAGUCCGCCCGAGUCAGAUCUCCAGGAUUCUGCGGGUGUCCAACGGCUGCGUCAGCAAGAUCCUGAACCGGUACCGGAGCACGGGACUCGUGGAGCCCAAGACCAUCGGAGGGAGCCGACCCCGGCUCCUCACCCCCGGGGUCAUCUCCACCAUCAUCCAGUGCAAAAGAGAAAACCCAAACAUAUUUGCCUGGGAAAUUCGCCAACGCCUUGCUCUGGCACGGAUACGUAAAGUCCCCAGCGUUUCAUCCAUAAACAGAAUUUUAAGAAAGAUCCACUCAGAACAUGGACAUCUGUGCACGGAGAGGAACUCUCACAUCAGGCCUGAGCUCUAUUUUGAAUCUCUGGAACAACAAAAACUUCCUGAUGAGCAGAAAUCUAAAGGUGCUCAACUCAAAAACCGCACCACCUUUACCCCUGAGCAAAGCAGAGCCUUAGAGGAAGAAUUCUCCCAAACUAAAUACGCUGAUCUGUUCACGAGAGAGAAACUGUCGUCUGAAACCAAACUUCCUGAAGACACCAUCAAGGUCUGGUUUUCAAACAGGAGAGCUAAAUGGAGACGAGAACACAAGCAGCCACCGUGUGAGCAGGUUAAAGGUUCAACAUUUCAAGAACGAAGCAGUUUUGUUCCUCUGAAUCCAAACAGCUUCACAUCUCAUCAGGAAAUGGGGAUCAUAAGAGAGAACAGUGACACCUUUUUGCACCAGGAAGUUGCAAGAAAGUUGCAAAAUACCUUUUUCUUUCAAGCAGACACAGUUCCUUGUCAUCUGAGUGACACGUUGCCACAAAUCCUGGACAGGACUCCCCUGGAUCUCCACAGAGACGCAUUCCCUGCCCCGCCGCUUCAGCGUUACUCAAACACAAAGACGGCCCUCCCUCCAGCAUCUGAGCCCACCAGAGCCCACCGCCCGGUGCCGCCGCAGUGGGCCCUGCAGAGUACACCUUUCAUUUGGAGUCCGCUUCAAACAAAUGAGAAGUUUCUGUUCACCCAGGAUGUGAAUCUGCAACUUUGACUGAAAAAAGAACAGUUAAGUGGAUAAGAAAAAAAAAAGUACACAUUUGCAGUCAAAACCAACUUUAAAUGAGUUGACAAAUUCUAACCACUAGAGGGAGACAAAAGACCAAUGUGACCUCUUCAUUCGCUCACUUCAUUAAAGUGGGAGUUUUGGAGAAAAGGUAUUUUAAUUGUAGCAGCAGUUCCAUAAAUCCAAUAAACCCUCAUGUAAAACAGACAAAGUUGAUACUUAAAGUACUAAAUAAAUCUGGCAAUACAAGGUUGUUAUAAACCUUUCUUUUUGCUAGGAUGUUUUAUGGGAUGUGCUCUUUCAGGGAUAUAAGCUGUUUUAUGCCGCGGUGUGAUUAAACUAAUAAAUGGGAGGGUUAGGCAUGGCAGGGAGUAGCUUUUAGAGGGUACAUGUAGUGCUAAGAGAGAAAAUGAGGAGGUUGGACCUCGACCCGUCGGGCCUGUCAUGUUUCUGGUCAGUGACUUGGUUUGGCUUCCUGRCUCGUCACCAUAAAUCAAAGCUUCAUGGGUCAUUUAGAAAGUCCACAAAAUGAAGUGGAUGUUAUCUCUUUUAUAGUGUUCGUUUGAAGCGCACAAGGAAAAGCUGAGGCAACCUUCCCAGAGUUCCUGCCCAGUGGGAGAAUCUAUAAAAGUGCACCUUCAAAACCCUCUAAACCUGAUCUGAUAUCUGUGUUGCUCCGGAUCAGUUUUUAUUACUGCAGCAGGCCAGAGGUAUUGAGUUCCUUUAUGUCCCUUUACUGCAGCGAGGAGGCAGGAAGACCGGGAGGUUCUUCAUGAACGGUCACCAGAGGAGCAGGCCGAUUCAACACCAUGAAGGUGGACAGAUCAAAUUUAUCCCCUCAUGACAGAGCUGAGAGGAACAUCUGUACUGCUUUGUUUUGCAUAGCAAAUKAUGUUUCCAGUUUAUGGCAAAGAAAUCCUUGAAUGCCUUCCCUUCCAUGCUAAUUUGAAACAGAAGAGCUCAAUCUUUUAGUGCUUAGAAUAUAUGAUGAAGACCAGUCUCAGCUACUACCACACCAA